AUGGCCAUAAAGAGUCUUUGCUACCUGGGGGAGGACGACGACAUUUUAUUUUUCUACUCAACGGAGAAGAGCGACGAGCUGAGUUCUCGCUUCUCCGUUUUUGCUGCCCUCGACAAUUUGAAGAAGCUCACCCAGUCGAGCGAGAAGAAGACCGAGCCCUACGUCGGAUGCAUCGGAGUUAACCUCUCCCUCUUCAGCGCCUAUAAAAACUACGCCUACGUCGUCAAGGCCAUCGGCCUCAAAAUCAUCCUCACCUUAGACGACAGCAAAAAUAAAUACACCGAUGAUAUGCUCAAGUCGAUUUUCCUAAAGCUACACCAAAUCUACGUGGACGCAGUGUGCAACCCCUUCUACGCGGACCGCUUGGAGAGCGACGCCUUUGCAAAAAAAAUUAAGAAGCUGAUAGAGACGUCCUAA